CAUACCGCGAUAGCGGCGAAGCAGAGGCCUCCCGCACUCGCGCUGCUUCCACUCUCAUCCCCUCCCAUCCUCGUCGCCGCCAUGGCCGUCUCCACCUCCGCCUCCUCCACGCUCCCCCUCCUCUCCCUUCACCGCGCCGCCGCGGGGAGCCCGGCACUCUCCUUCCCCGCCUCCCUCCGCGCUCCCACGCUCCGCUCCCGCGUCGCCGCCGCGGCCUCCGCAGCACCGCCCGCCGAGACCAUCCCCGACGUGCCCGAGGAGGCGGAGGGAACAGGAAUUCCGAUGCCGUCGUCGAUUGGGGAUGAUGGGGAGCAGCUGGCGCCCAAGCAGAAGAUCAGAAUCAAGCUGAGGUCUUACUGGGUACCAUUGAUCGAGGACUCCUGCAAGAAGAUCAUUGAAGCUGCAAAAACAACAAAUGCAAAGACUAUGGGUCCAGUUCCUCUGCCAACCAAGCGAAGAAUAUAUUGUGUGCUGAAUUCUCCUCACGUGCACAAAGAUUCAAGGUUCCAUUUCGAGAUCAGAACGCACCAACGAUUGAUUGAUAUCAUGUACCCGACUGCACAAACAAUUGAUUCAUUGAUGCAGCUCCAGCUCCCCGCCGGAGUAGAUGUUGAGGUUAAGCUAUGAUUCCAUGGUUCCAAUGGAGCUGGAUUUUUAUAAAUUCGGUGUAAUGUAAUGCUCUUUUUUGUAUACUUUGUAGUUGAUCAUUUUGCUGUCUGAGACUUGAACAAAUGUAGAGCAACAGGGAAACAAGUUCAUAUAUGAAGUAUCGAACGAGUACUGUUUUCUAUAUGCUAUAUCAGCGUUCUGGUUAUACUGUUAAGUUA